CAAUUCAACCAACGGGCUGUGUGGGUCCCUUGCUCAUCAGCGUGCCCGUAGUAAACCCGCGGCUCUUCAGCCCUGCAACAACAAAACACAGCAAACACAGCAACCCCGGCUCUACCAAAAACACACAGCCAACACCGUAAGCGCGGUAUUGCACUCGACGCAAUUGGAGAAUGCUUGCUUUCUGUCCUUGAAAUGCAUAACUCCUCUGACUGUAUGACGUGCCGCCCGGUCGCGUCUGCCCUUUCAGCAUGGCGAUGCAAACGCGCCCUCAGCAUUGGUAUGGGUGGUCUCCCUACUCCAUGCUGCUAUCAGCAAGCUGGGGGGUGGAUAGGUCUGGGAUGGCUAUGGAAGGUUCGGAGACUUGAUGUUGUUAAAACACCACGCCUCGGACCGCUUCACAUCAGCCUUCCCUUUUGGUUUCUCCAUCAUCCACUCAACCACUUCCCAACAACCCCAUCACCACCAGCCUUGCGCAAUAGCUUGCAAAAGAGGCCAUCAUCCUCACUGGAGAAACAAUCACUUGGGAUAAGCCAAUGUCCAUCCACACUUCUGUGUGAUUUUGUUAUACUCCAAGUCAAACAUCAAGCCCGAAACCCAGCACCCCCGAGGACGCCUUCUCAGCCAUAACAUCCGACAACACACACCCACACAUAUACCCACAGCAACACAGUCGCCACCAUGAGGUUGGCGGUCACAGUCGCCCUGCUCGCAGCAGCAGUGCACUCACUACCCAUCCCUUCCCAGCCAUCAGGCGCGCAAGCUCCCGGUGCGCCAGCCCCAGCGCCAGGCGGGCAGCCCGCACCGGCAGGGGGGCCGGAUCUCGCCGAGAUCCUCAAGAUGGUAGGGGCCGCAGGGGGCAAGACUGGCGCCGAGAAGACGAAGACGCAGGUCAUGCCGCCAGCACCCCAAGAGGGUGCCGUGCCUCAAAACACAGGCCCGGGAGGUGAUGAUCCGGCAGGCAGCCCCGGUCAAAAACCAAAAGGCAAGGGCAAGAAGGACAAGAAGAAGGGGGGAAAGCAUGGCAAGAAGGAGAAGAAGAAGGGGAAGAAAGGAAAGGGCAAGGGCAAGGGGAAAGGAAAGGGCAAGGGCAAAGACAAAGACUGCAAGGACUCCAAGCCUGGCGGCAGCAUGCCGCCAAAUGGCUCCGAAAUCGUCAUCGACGGUCAGAACGGCCCGGCUCCUGCUCCUGGUGCUGGUGGCCCUGGUGGCCCUGGCGGGCCUGGCGGCCCCGGAGGUCCCGGAGGUGCAGAUAAGCCCGACACGCCCUCUGCCCCAGGCGCUCCCGGCGGCUCGGGAGGCGCUGGUGGUGCUGGCGGUGCCGGUGGUGCCGGUGGCCCUGGAGCAACCAAGGGCCUCGGGCCCAACGGACCCGGCGGACCCGGUGGACCAGGAGGUCCGGGCGGUGCCGGAGGUCCUGGCGGCGCUGGAGCUGAAGCACCUGGCACGCCCAGUGGCCCCGGUGGCCCCGGUGGCCCUGGAGGACCAGGAGGAGAAGGUGGACCUGGCGGCCCCGGCGCUGCCCCUACUCCCGACCCCAAGGACGUUGGUAUGCCAGCUCCUGGCGCUGGCGGACCCGGCGGCGCUGGGGGCGCGGGUGGGCCAGGUGGCGCGGGUGGAGCUGGAGUCCCUGCUGGACCUGCUGUCGGUGCUCCUGAGGCCCCGGCGGGCCCGGCGGCCCGGGCGGUGCCGGUGGUCCUGGAGGCCCUGGAGUCUCCGGCAUCCCUGGGGCUAUCGACCUGA